UUUGAAGUGGCUCCCGUUCGCCUGAAUUAGCGCAUGGAUGCUGGGCUUUAAGGUUAACUUUGGAUCGACAGCUUUAUGAAUGUUUAUGGCGGCUUACGGCCACGCUGUGCGCUUGUCUUCAUCACGCCGCUAAUUAUGAGUCUCUUCAUAAUACCGCAGCAGUAGCAGCAGCGCGCGCACCGUCUCACCGAGAGCCAUGACUCUGAGCUCCGAGAUGUCGGACGCGUGUGCGCUCUCGGAAGAGCCGGACAUCGAUGUGGUGGGCGAAGGAGACGACGACGACGUGGAUGCGGCGGCGCGCUCGCGCCCCUACGACGACGACGAAUUCCCGCGCGCUCGCGACGAGCUGUUCCUCGCCGCGUCGCCGCCGUGCGUGGACCCUGUUCACGGCGCCGCCGGCUCGGGCGCGCGCGACGCGUACAAACCGGCGAGCAAGAACGCUCUGGUGAAGCCGCCAUACUCGUACAUCGCGCUCAUCACCAUGGCCAUCCUUCAGAGUCCCAAGAAGCGGCUGACGCUCAGCGAGAUCUGCGACUUCAUCAGCAACCGCUUUCCGUACUACCGCGAGAAGUUUCCCGCGUGGCAGAACUCCAUCCGCCACAACCUGUCACUCAACGACUGUUUCGUCAAGAUCCCGCGCGAGCCCGGCAACCCGGGCAAGGGCAACUACUGGACGCUGGACCCGGAGUCGGCCGACAUGUUCGACAACGGCAGCUUCCUGCGCCGGCGAAAGCGCUUCAAGCGCCAGCAGACACCCGAGCUGCUGCGGGAACACGGCGCUUUCGUCCCUGCCUACGGCUACGGAGCUUACGGUUGCGGUUACGGCCUUCAGCUGCACGCGGCAUAUCACGCACAUUCCGCGCUCUUUACCUUCCAGCAGCAACAGCAGCAACAACAAGCGCCUCCGUCUUCAAGACACACCGGAACUCUGAUCCCAGCGCCUUCCCUCAUGCCAAACACAGCCGAACUCGCGCGCUCCCGCUUCUAUCCUCCGCUGAGUCCCGGGGUUUCGUCCCCGGUACAGACUGCGACCAAAUCCCCGGUACACCGCUCACCUUUCUCCAUAGAAAGCCUCAUAGGGAGCGCUGGGAAUCCCGCGCAUGCGCACUGUGCCUCACGGACUCCGCCGGCGCCUUUCGGACCGAAUGGAGCAGCAGCCGAAAAGUUUCCCACACGGAUAGUCAGUGGCACAAGCGGCUGUUAAUUUCAUAACUGAAGUUCACAUUAAAAAAUAAAAAUAAUAAUAAUAAGCGAUACACACAAACGCUCCUGUUUUUAAGGUAGGAUUGUUUAUUUCUUUGAUUUUUUUUUUGUUGUUAAAUGCACCUGAAAGGUAGAUUAAAUUAAAGCAAAUGCCCCUUGUGCCUAUAUACAUAUAUAUACAUAUGUGUGUAUAUAUAUAUAUAUAUAUAUAUAUAUAUAUAUAUAUAUAUAUAUAUAUAUAAACAUCUAGUCAAUUCCAUUUCAGUAAAGUGAUUAGCAGACAUGGCGUAGGGCCUCUCAGGAUAAUAACAUGUUUAUACAUAUUUUUAACCAAAUCUAACAAACUGUCAGUUCAUCUUAAUUUUGUGUCGAAACCCAUUGAUUGACACCUUUUAAAUUUGAGUUUUAAUUUGUUUCCUUUUCAUGAAAAUUCACAAGGACUUUGAUACGAUGUGUGCUUAUAUCAGUAAUAUGUACAUUAUUUUAGUUGUAUGCUCGGAGUGUAAUAUUUUUUACACGAUUUGUUUUACUAUAAGAAUAAAUAUUGUUUUACAGAAAA